AUGUUACUUUACACAUGUGUUCUAGCAAUAACUCUUGUGUUAUCCUUGGGUUAAGAGGACUUGGAGUCCGAACUUAGGACGAAAUCAAAACGAAUAACUUAUGAGGACCCAGUAUAAUCUUUAUAUCCAUAAUUAAGGAUCCCUAUAAAAAUCUUAUUUAGUGGUUGAAGGAUGGCAAGGCGGAGGUGUCUAAAGUGCAGAUUGAAGUCAAGAGCGAAGGCUAUAGAACACUGAGAGCUUCUCAAUUUAUUCGAUAAGGAGAGUGGGUCCUCUUCGUUCCACGCACUCAUUAUCUUUCAUUGGAGGAAGUCAAGAAAAGUUGUCUCAUCAAUAGAAAAAUGAUUCAGCUCAACUAUAUUCCCAACAACAUUCAGACCUACUUUGUCAAUCACUUACUCUAAGAGAAUAGGAGGUAUAUACAGUGUUUUUGAUUCAAAAUAGACAAAAUUCCUUUUGGAAACCCUACAUAGACGUGUUGCCAAAAGACGUGAGCGGAUUUCCAACUUACUUUGAUGCAGAGCAAGAUGCAUUACUUAAGGGAUCACCAACAUUGUUUACAGUCAUGAAUCAGAGGAAAAUAUUCAGGGAGGAGUACGAUAAUUUGAAAGAGGCAGUGAAAGAAUUUCAAAGAUAUGGAUAUACCUAUAAUGAUUUUGUUAAAUUCAGAAUUCUCACUAUAUCUCGAAGUUUCCCUGUCUAUAUAGGUGAGAAUGAAUAACAACAACUAUUGGUCCCAUUGGCUGGUAUAUAUUAUAUAUAUAUAUGAUAGACUUCAUCAAUCAUGAUAACAAUGGAUUUCUGCAAUAUGGGUAUUCUCCAGAUGCAGAUGGAUUCUUUAUGUAGGCUGUCAGGAAUAUCCAGAAGGGAGAGGAGUUAUUUUACAAUUAUGGUCAAUGGUCAAACAAAUACUUUUUUAUGAAUUAUGGAUUUGCCAGUCUAACAAAUCCAAUGAAUCAAUUUGAUUUUGAUGUCUGUUUGGAUAGAAAUGAUAGAAUGUUUAAGAUGAAAGUUGAGUUGACUGGAGGAAAUAUUUGUUGGGGUAACAGAUUGGUCAAUGAAACUGAUCAUGACACUUUCAGACAAUCUUUGGCCACUGUCAGAUUCGCUUAGAUAUCUAAAUUGGAUGAUUUCAUGUAAUUAGAGGAAGAUGUCCAAAAUUACAAUCAAUUUUGGCCAGGAUGGCACACUACGCCAAAAACUAUUGAGUUGGAGAAGGCUACAUUCAAGGCUUUGAGAGACUUGUUAGUUUCUGAAUUGGCUAACUUUGCCAGUACGAUUGAGGAUGAUCAAAGAAGAUUGAAUGAUCCUUCGACUCCUGAGUUUAGAAGACAUAUCAUCAUGUUGACAAUGAGGGAAAAGCAAAUCAUUAAGAAGAAUAUUGAAGUUUGCGAUAUGAUGUUGUCUGUCAUUGAUAAGACUUCGGAAGUAUUUAUUUAUAAUUAUAAAUUUAGUAAUUAAAAGAUUUAAUGAGAUAUUACAAUUAUAGGGAAAUAGCAAGAUUUGUAAAUAGUGAGAUUAUUCCUAUGAAAUUGGAGGCAGAGGGACUUGCAUGAUUAAAUAGUAAAUCCAUCUAAUAUAAUUAUUGUGAC